AUGGCAUUUGGAUAUGAUCUCAACAAAGCUUCAACUGUGAAGUUGAACAACGGCCAGGCGAUUCCAAUUGCUGGGUUUGGAACAUAUUUGAUCCCUGCAGAGAAGGCAGCCACACUUGUUUACGAUGCGUUGGCCGCUGGGUACAGACACAUUGACACUGCCAUAGCAUACAAGAAUCAGCACCAAGUCGCACAAGGUGUAGCAAAUUUCCUCACUGACCAUCCACAUAUCAAGAGGCAAGAUAUCUGGUUCACCACCAAAAUUGCAAACCAAAACCAAGGGUAUGAGAAUACCCAUGAAGCUGUGAAGCAAAUCAGCAAGGAUGUUAAGGAUCUUAUUGAGUACGUUGACUUGGUUUUGAUCCACUCUCCAAAGACAUCCACUGAAAAGCGUUUGGAAACAUACAAGGCUUUGCAGGAGUAUGUGGUUGACCCAAACAAUACUACAUUGGGGAUAAAGUCAAUAGGUAUUUCCAACUAUGGUGUGUCACAUUUAGAAGAAUUGUUCAAGUGGGAUGGGUUGCGAGUUAACCCCGUGAUUAACCAACUUGAAUUGCAUCCUUGGUUGCCCAGGAUUGAACUCAGAAAGUACUUGGAUCAGCAUGAUAUCAUAGCUGAGGCGUAUUCACCACUUACUCAAGGAUACAAGUUGGAUGAUCCUGAGUUGGUGGCCCUCAGUGAAAAGUACAAGUUGAGUCCAGCCGAAAUCUUGCUCAAGUGGUCAUACUUGCAAGGAUUUGUCGUGUUGGUAAAGACCGAAAAUCCAAAGAGGAUCAAAGAGAACUUGAAUUUUUUGCCUGAUCCAGACGAUCGAACUGGUGCGGAUAAGGAGGGUAAUAAAACAGGACCUCUCCAUUUGGACUCUGAAAUCUUAAAAGCAUUGGAUAAACCAGACUCAAAGGUGGUUCUCACUUGGGGUGGGGUGGAUCCAACUUUGUAUACGGAUGAAUAG